AACUAAGAGCUCACAUGGUCAAACAUACAGGACAGAGGGAGUACAAGUGUGAUGUUUGCCUUAAAUCAUAUGCAAGGAAAUGGACGUUGCAUGAACACAUGCGGAUACAUAUGGAUGACAGGCGGUUCAAAUGCGAGCAUUGUGGGCAGGCGUUCGUGCAGAAGUGCAGCUGGCGCGGACACAUGCGAGCGAAGCAUGGAGAGCAAGUUUGAACGGUGCACUUCGUAAAACCAACAAAAAAGAGAAACCGUUGUCGAAAAAAGUUAUAGAAGAAUCCGUAGAGCAAAUAAAUGCGCGAAAUACAAGUCUACCUAAAGUAAGGCAGGGCGAACAAUUAGAAAAACAUCGUACAAACGUCAGAGAAAUUAUACUUUGGACAAAUGCGACACCGAUACGCUGCAGAGGCGGUAUCGGAUACGCGUGCUGUUUCUGUACAAACCAGUUCCCAGAUCCUGCUGAUUUGAAAAGACAUACAAUACAAGACCAUAACGAUGAAACAAAAUCCAUAUUCAUGAAAGGAAGGGACAUGUACGGCUAUCUAGUGAAGCUGGACAUCACAGCGCUGCAGUGCAAACUGUGUGCGACGAAAAUGGAUACGCUCGAACGAAUAAUGGAUCAUUUGAAGGAUACGCACGAUAAAAAUAUAAGCACGGAUAUACCAAAUCACAUAUUACCUUUUAAAUUCGACAGCGAAAAUCUCCGAUGCUUCAUGUGUCACAAUGUUUUCAACAAAUUCAAGGCGUUACAGGAACACAUGCACACACACUACAGAAACUAUAUUUGCAAAGUUUGUGACGCUGGCUUCGUGAACCGUCACCUUUUGUUAUGUCACAACGAAGGUCACAAGACUGGAACGUUUGCUUGUGACCAAUGCAGCCAAGUCUUCGAUACGAUACGUAAGAGAAAACUUCACGAAAGAAAAGUUCAUAACGGCUUAAACAUGCCCCAUAAGUGUGGAUACUGUAGCGAACGAUUCAAGGAGAACUGUCAUAAGAAUGAGCAUUUGGCAAAAGUUCACGGUGUUGUCGGACCUUUGAUUAAAUGCCAAGCUUGUGACAGAACCUUCGCGAGUCAGCAGACUUGGUUGCUGCACAUGAAGAAGUAUCAUUUGAUGGAGAGGCAGCACAAGUGCACGAGAUGUGAAAAGGAGUUCUUCUCGAAGAGGGAGCUUACCGAUCAUAUGGUUAAACAUACUGGGACUAGGGAGUACAGGUGUGACUUGUGUUUCAAGUCCUACGGGAGAUUGAAGACGCUCAAGGAACAUAUACGUCGACUACACCCAGAAGACAGGGACUUCAAGUGUCUCCAUUGUGGACAAUCUUUUGAUAAAAGUUUUGCUUUAAAAUGUCAUAUCAGCGCUAAGCACGGAGAUAUCGUCUAACCUUGCAUUAAUUUUUAAUCGAUUUUGUGUCGCUGCUUAUAAAUAUAUUGUUAUAAAAUAAUUAUACAUACUAGAGAUCAAAUGAAGUGAAUAAUGUCCUAUUAUUUAAAUAAAUAAAUUUUAUUUUUAUUA